AGCGUGGGUGCCUGGGGUUGGACAGGCUGCCGAGGAUAGCCUGGUGCUAGAGCCUAGUGCCUCCUGAACUUUUUUUUUUUAGAUAGUCUUACUUUGUCAUCAUUGGUAGAGUGCUAUGGUGUCAUAGCUUAUAGCAACCUCAAACUCUUGUGUGUAAGCAGUUCUCUUGCCUCAGCCUCCCAAGUAGCUGUGACUAUAGGCACCCCCCCCACAACGCCCAGCUAUUUUUAGAGUCGGGGUCUCGCUCUUGCUCUAGAAUCUAGGAACUCAGGCAGUCCACCCACCUUGGCUUCUCAGAGUCCUAGGAUUACAGAUGUGAGCCACCAUGCCCAGCCAACUUUUUUUUUUUUUUUUUUUUUGAGAGAGUCUUACUCUGUCACCCAGAAAGGAGCACAGUAAUGUCAUCAUAGCUCACAGCAACCUUAAACUCCUGGGCUCGAGUGAUCUUCCUGCCUCAGCCUCCUAAGUAGCAGGGACUACAGGUGUUCACCACAAUGCCUGGCUACUUUUUCUAUUUUUGGUAGAGAUGGGGGGGGGGUCUUCCCUCUUGCUCACUGCCUGAACUUCUAAUUGUUCAAUAGCAACUGGAAAUUCAUGUUUUUGUGUAAAAUCUGCCUUUUGGAAUUUGUUAAAAUAUUUUUUAAAACACCAUGUAUCCAGGGUGGUGCCUAUGGCUCAGUGGGUAGGGCAUUGGCCCCAUAUACCGAGGGUGGCCGGUUCGAACUCGCCCGUGGCCAAACUGCAACAACAAAAAAAUAAGCCGGGCAUUGUGGCAGGUGCCUAUAGUCCCAGCUACUUGGGAGGCUGAGACAAGAGAAUCGCCUAAGCUCAGGAGUUGGAGGUUGAUGCCACAGCAUUGUACCCAGGGUGAUAAAGUGAGACUCUGUCUCCAAAAAAAAAAGAAACCAUGUAUCCAAACAAACCCCAUUUUGGGGUUAAGUGCAGAAUUCUGUCUCAGACCUGAGCAACAAAUUUACUUCCCCAAAGGAAAGUCUCUCUCAGGAUCUUUCUUCAUGUGCUGGUGACACCUGAUAGCCAAGUACUUUCACUAGGCAAUAGCAUCAAAUGCAUUUAGAAAGACAGAAACCAAUCGUGCCAUCCCUGGACAGCCAAGCUGGACCCAUGAGUGUCUGGUUGGGGGUUCCCAGGUGGAGACAGAAAUUCAUUUGCUGAGUGCCCAUUAAGUGUCAGGCCCUAAUCUGAUCUAUGACAAAAUGCCUGCCUGUAUGAAAUUGAUGGUCUAGAAAGACAACAGGUGACAAAGAAGACAAAAUGAAUGUGUCAGUUCACACAAUGUACUGGUGGGGUAUUAUGGAAAGAGCAAAGUGGGAAAGGUUGGGCUGCUGGGUGUGGUUAAAGAGUGCAGUUUUCUGCAAGAGUUCUGGGAAUGCCUCAGUGAAAGGCCAUCAGUCAGAAGGAGGUAUGUGACCAAGCUGGGGAGAACAGCCCAGGAGAAGGAAUGGGCCAGUGAGAAGACCCAGAGGCCAGGGGAACAAGGAGUAAGAAGGCUGGCAGGAGUGUCCAGACUGUGGCCUGCAGGCUGCAUGUGAAUUGUGUGAGUAUCUAUCAUGGUGGAUAUCACGAAAAAUAUACACAGACCUUUUAUUUUUUGCUCAUCAGCUUUCAUUAGUGUUGGGUAUUUAAUGUGCAGCCUUAAGACAACUCUUUUCCCUGUGUGGUGCAGAGAAGCCAAGAAGUUGGAUGUGAACUUGGCCCUGGAAGCCAUGGUAGGACUGGGGCUUUGAUCCUGGGUGAGUUAGGUGCCCUCUGAGAAUUGGGGCAAAGGAAAAUGUCAGAUUGUCACGGGUACAUUUUUUUUGCAGUUUUUGGCCGGGGCUGGGUUUGAACCCACUACCUCUGGCAUAUGGGGCUGACGCCCUACUCCGUUGAGCCACAGGUGCCGCCCCUGUCAUGGUUACUUUCUGGAUGCUGGGUUGAGUAGGCCUUGUCCACACUUUUUGUCUCAUGCCUGGAAUCCCAGCUUUAACUUAGGCAAAAUUCAGACUCUGCAGCAAACCAUGAAGGUGCUGAAGUCUUGUACCCUCCAGAGUUGUCUGAUCUUUCUUGAGAAGCACAGAACGACUGGUUUCAAAUGACAUGAAACUGUCUGCUUAGCCUAAGGCCUGGAUAUGGUAUCGUUACAUGAUCAGAGGUCUCCUUUGGGUAAAAAUGCUGCUCCAAAAUAAUUUCAAAUUUUUAUUCAAAAUUUUAACAUGGAAUUGUUUUAUGAAAGUAAUUUUAAGUAAUGGUGAAGUGGGUUGAGAGCUAUGUACAACCCCUAGAGAGCCCAUAGCUCUGAGCACAUGUGGCUGGUGCUUUCCAGCCUGUGCAGGGCCAAGGAACUGGACCAGGCUCAGGGCUCACAAGGUCUGUUCAUGCUCUCUCGUGCUGAAAGGGGACCUUUUGCUGAGGGAAGUGAGUUAGGAAUUAUAGAGGUUACCAAAACCGUGUUGUUCAGAGCAUAUUCCAAAACUUGGAGGGGAGGGGAACCCAACAACUGGCAAUAGCAGCACAGAGUGUAUUGGGCUGGAGUUUUCAUAGAAGUCUGGGGGAGUGGGCUUCUCUGUGCCAUUGUCUGGUGACAGCCUGCUCUCACCUUGCAGAAGCACACUGAGGAGAUCACCAAGAUGCGGAACGACUUUGAGAGGCAAGUGCGAGAAAUUGAGGCCAAGUAUGAUAAGAAGAUGAAGAUGCUUAGGGAUGAACUUGACCUGCGGAGAAAGACUGAAAUCCAUGAGGUAGAAGAGAGGAAGAACGGCCAGAUCAACAUGCUGAUGCGGCGGCAUGAGGAGGCCUUCACCGACAUCAAGAACUACUACAACGACAUCACCCUUAACAACCUGGCCCUCAUCAACUCCCUCAAGGAGCAAAUGGAGGACAUGCGGAAGAAGGAGGACCACCUGGAGCGGGAGAUGGCAGAGGUGUCUGUGCAGAACAAGCGCUUGGCAGACCCUCUGCAGAAGGCUCGGGAUGAGAUGAGCGAGAUGCAGAAGCAGCUCAAGAACUAUGAGAGAGACAAGCAGAUCCUGGUCUGCACAAAAGCACGCCUGAAAGUCACCGAGAAAGAGCUGAAAGAUCUGCAGUGGGAGCACGAGGUGCUGGAGCAGCGGUUCUUCAGAGUGCAGCAGGAGCGGGAUGAGCUCUAUGGGAAGUUUACCUCCGCCAUCCAGGAAGUGCAGCAGAAGACGGGCUUCAAGAAUCUGGUGCUGGAGCGCAAGCUACAGGCACUGAGUACUGCCGUGGAGAAAAGAGAGGUGCAGUUCAAUGAGGUGCUGGCGGCAUCCAACCUGGACCCAUCGGCCCUGACGCUGGUGUCCCGCAAGCUUGAGGACGUUCUAGAAUCAAAGAACAGCACCAUAAAGGACCUGCAGUAUGAGCUGGCCCGGGUCUGCAAGGCCCAUAACGACCUGCUGCGCACGUAUGAGGCAAAGCUGCUGGCCUUCGGGAUCCCCCUGGAUAAUGUGGGGUUCAAGCCCUUGGAGACAGCUUUGAUUGGGCAGACACUGGGCCAGGGCCCUGCGGGACUCGUGAGCACCCCUACGUAGCCACUCUGCCCCAGGGCUGAGGCCUGCAGAGCCAGCCUGGGACCUCUCUCUGGAUGACACCCCCUGUCCCACACUAAGGACAGCAAGUUUAUGUUCUUUAGGUUUUACUGUCAGCAAAUGAAGGCUUUUCACAUU